UGGCAAUACCUCGUUGUCAAAAACAAUCAAUUCCGGUGUUAUUAAAAAUUCAUAAUUAUAUUAUUAUUUAUUUACAAACAAUAUAGUGUCAAUUUAAUAAUAAAAAUAUCAUUGUUAAUAUUAUUAAUAACUAGUGUAAUAAUGAGAAGAUUAGAUUCAAAAGAACCAUGGGGUGCUGAAAGAUUAGAAGCUGAUUUAGAAGCGGCACGAGAUGGUCUACGUGAUUUGGAUCGUGAUAUUAGAAAAAUACUUGGACGUGAUUUGCCAGAAUCAGAAAAUGGACAAUUACAAGUAACACCAAGAGUUGGACAAAAAUAUUCACAACAAGAAGAUCGUAAAAGAAAUUCAGAUUAUGUUGGUAAUGAUCAGCCAAGUAAUAAACGUCGUUGGCAGGGUCAAACAAACGAGCCAAAAACUGUAUUUAGUCGUUUAAGUGCUAAAGUACCAUCAAAUCCUGAUGACAGUGGUGAUGAAGAUGACAGUUGUGUACGUCCAGCUGUAUCAUCACGUGUUAUAGCACCACCACGUGAUGUUCCAUCACGUCAGGAUGUCAUUAGACGAGAAAAUGUUGAUGAAAAAAGUAGACAAAGAAAUAAACGUAUGUUUGGUGCACUUUUGGGUACAUUACAAAAAUUUAGACAAGAAGAGACAAAACUUAAAGCUAAGGAAGAUAAAAAAGCUGAAGUUGAAGCUAGAGUUGAUGAAGCAAAGCGCAAAGAAAAAGAGGAGCUUAAAAAAGAAAGACAACAACUUUUUAUGUCAAGAAAAAAACAACUAGCUGAAGUUAAAGCUUUGGAAACAAAAUUAGCACGUAGUAAACAAUUUCAAGAAUGGCGUGCUUCACAAUUACCACUUGUACAUUUUAUUCGUACUCGUGCACAGCCACCAAUUCAUUAUUUACCAGCAAAAUCACAUCCACGUACUGAUGCAUUGCUGGAAAAAUGUGCCAAGGAACUUCAUGAGGAAAUUGAACAACGUGAAAAAGUUUUACUUGAAGAAUUGGAGGUACUUGAAACAGAAAUUGGUAAUAAAAAACAUCAAGACAAUGAAGAACCAUCUGAAGAAAAUUUAGUUGAUGAAAAUAUGCAAGAAAUUAAAGAAAAUCAUGAGGAAGAAAAUCAUGAUCCAAAUCCAGAUAUUACAAACAACGAGUGUCUAGAAAAUGUUGAAAUUAAAGCUGAAGUAAUAAAUAAUAUUAAAAAAAAUCAAGAUAUAGAAAUUGAUAAUGCUGAAGAAAAAAAUCAAAGUGAAGAAAUCGAAAACAAUGGUUAGCUGAUUAAAUUAAAUAAAACAAUCAUGUUUUUUUUUAUCCUUGUACAUAGUAAAAAAAAAAAAAAGAAAAGAAAUUAACUCAAGAUAAUAAUGUGGUAAUAAAUUUUUACCUUUUUUUUAAAAAAAAAAAACAGUAAACAAAUUUGAUAAUAUUUAAAAACAUUUAAUUUAAUUUGACAUAUUAAAAUUUUUAUGUAAUGAAUUAAAAACUGUGGUUGUGUUUUUAAAAAAUAUGUGUAAUUUACAUUUUUUUUUUUUAUUUUUCUUGUAAAAAAAACAAAAACAUUUAAAAUGAAAGAAAAAAAAUAAUAAUUAAUAUCAAGUUGCACAUUUGAAAUAUAAUAAUUGAAUUUAUUUAUUUUGUAAGAGAAAAAAAAAAAUUAAUUCAUAUGCUAAAAUUUAUGAAUGACGUGCACUUUCCAACACUGAUUAUUCUUGGCAGACAUUUGCAGCAUCUUUUUGGAUCAUUAACAAAUAUUGCAACAAGACGAUGCCCAUCAACGAGACUACAGUUAUUCAAAAAAACUUGAAUUAUAUUUUUAGUUGUAGAAAGAAAAGAAAAGAAAAAAUUCAAUAUUUCAAGAAAUUGAUAAACAUCAUUUUUAUUAUUUUAAAAAACAAAUAAAAAAAAUGGGGAGAAUAUGUUUGAAGAUUGCCAAAAGCAUGUGCUGAAAAGAUAAAAAAUGAUAAAAGACAAGUUUCGUGCUUGCAAGUGAAUCCAAGUCUUAAUCCGUUAGUUGCGAGCCAUUAAGUCGCUACGCCAUGCCAGUAAAAAAUAUAUUUUGCAUAUUGCUUGAGCCACCAGAUGAAUCUAAAAUGCCGACUGAAAGAGAAAAAUCACAUCUUGUCUCUUCCAUCUACGAAAUUUGCUUGCAUUAAUUUACGAUGCACCAUCAAACCGAGCAUCACCUACCAAACUUACUCUCUUUCUCUCUCUUUCUCUCUCACAAAAUAUAUGUAUUUUGUUUUAUUAAUAGCAAUAAUCUGACAGGGUUUAUACAUGUAUAAUGUGCUAAACGAAACUUCUAAACAAAAUAGAAAAAAAAAGUCUUGUGCUUUGCAGACAAUUGUAUUUAAACAACGAAAUUCAUAUAAAAUUUAUCAAACAUAUAUUUCUUUAUAAAGAAAU